GUGGAGCAGCUCCUCGCGAAGCACCGGGCUCAGUACGACUCCGAGGAGUUUACGCGCAGCUGCAACGUUGCCCUCAUGGGCACUGCGUACCGAUGGGCCUGCGGAGAGACCUUCGCCAACAUCAUGCAGGAGUCCCCCUUUCAGGAAGGUGCCAUUGUCCGGGCCAUCGUUCGGGCAGAGGAGCUGCUCCGGAAGCUCCAGGAGGUGGCCAAGAUGCUGGGCAAUAGCGUCCUGCAGAAUGUUUUCUCGGAAGCAGCUGACCUGAUCCACCGGGACAUCGCGUUCGCUGCUAUUUUGGUUCGAGCGCGUCUCACAGAGAUGGGGGCACUGCAGAAGAUAGUUCCUAGUCAUGAUUUUGCCUUUUUGAGAAGUAGCUUAUCAAAUAUCCAUGCAUGUGCUCUCCGAAUGCUGGAUCCCGAAGACUCGCAUCAUCUUCUAGAGAUGGAGCGUAUUUCAUCUGUGGGUUCUGCUGUGAAGAGUCCUUCCUGGUGCCUGGUGAUAGGGGCAGGGCUUGCUGGGCUAGCAGGUGCAUGCUUGAUUCUGGCAGCAUUUCUUUGGCCCGGCUCCCGUGUCUCCAGCGGAGAGCUCGUCCCACCGAUCUAUGGUUUGGGCUUGGUGCCAGAGGGCUCAGAUCCCUUGGUUGCUUUGAGCAGGCUGGCUGAACUCGAGGGUCUGCCAGAGCUGCCUCCAGAAAUCGGCGAGAUGGCCUCCCUCCACAAUGUCUCCACGGAAGCUGCGAAGCGAAGGUUGAGAGACCUUGGUCGAGCAAUCAACUUCCACAGACCUACCGCCAUGGAGGAGGAGUCAUACAGAAUGUCGCAGUGCGUGGGUGCGACUUACGACAUGGCCACCUACCUCGGCUGGGCAGGCUUGAACAUCGAUGCUUUUGCCAUAGAGGGCUUGUGUCCCGACAAAGCAGAUGAUAAGAGCUGCUCGGCACAAGCUGUCGGCCUUAUCUUCAACCUCUUCUGGGUGAUAGCCAAUGCGGCGCAAAUCCCCGUGUGGUGCCUGGCAAGAAACAUGACGAACUCGUACAUUUCUAAAACCAAUGCCUGCGUGGCGACAUUCAGCGUCUUUUUUGCAACGGUAUUUCAGAUGACAGCUGAUGGUCUGACGGCCAGGGCUGAUUGUGACUUCAGCGAGGAUGACGAGGACGAGGACGACGACGCAAGGCUUCUCAUUCCUGGCAUCGGCGCCUUUAAAGCAAGAGUCCGCCGACGUUUGCAUGAAUUGAACCUUGCUGCAGCUCAGAUGCCUCAUCACCCAGUUUUGUCUCGGCGAAACAGAUCAGACCUGCCCUCGCGACUGCCACCUAACAGCUGGGUCAAGUUGCAGGAUCGGCUUCUUCAAGACGUCGCAGCUUUGGGCCCUGAUGACACUCGGGCUCAGGAAAAGGGCAUCUGCGGGCUUAUUAUCGCACAGACGAUCAACGACUUCCCCUACACGGGCACUGACAUUUGGGCCCUGUUGAACUCUUGCUCGGAGCUCAACUGGAAAAACGGCAGCGAUUACAAGAUAGUACAAGAGGACUGUGCAGCCGGAGCUCUCGCUGUCAUUGCCGACUUGGUGAACCUCGCGACGGAUAUUGCGGUGAUCAUCGCAGCCUGCCUUGGUCCAGAGCAGAGGCCGCGAAAAACCGUCUGUGUGGCGGUCGGAACUGACUUGACCUCCAAUCUGCUUUCACUAGGAGCUUGGGCCCUGACUGUGGAGCAUAGCUGCAACUUGAACCAUACUGAAAUUCUCUCCCCCAUUGACCUGUCGAUUGGGAGUUAG